CAGCUUUAAAGGGAGUGGUUUUCAAAGUUGCCUGAGAAGCAGUGUUAAGUCCACUACCUACGCGCGUCGUCCUCCGCUCAGGCACCAAUUAUGUCCGCAAACCUCUGCAAGAACGCACAGGAGAGGCCGGAGCCUGUUAAGGCAGAAAUCAAAGGGAAUAUUCCCAGCUGGCUGCAAGGCACGCUUCUGCGCAAUGGCCCGGGCAUCUUCUCUCUGGGAGACACCAGUUACGAACACUGGUUUGAUGGGAUGGCCCUCAUGAACAGCUUCACCUUUAAAAAUGGUGAAAUGACCUACAGAAGCAAAUACCUGAGAAGUGACACCUAUAGAGAUAAUAUGGCUGCAAACAGAAUAGUUGUGUCUGAAAUGGGGACAAUGGCGUAUCCAGACCCAAGCAAGAACUUAAUUUCCAAGGUGAUUACUCUUUUCAACCACACAAUACCUGACUUCACUGAUAACGGUGCCAGCAAUUUUAUCAAAUAUGGAAACGACUAUUUCGCCACUUCUGAAACCAACUACAUCCGCAAGAUUGAUCCACUGACUCUGGAAACUCAGGACAAGGUGGACUACACCAAGUACCUGCCGGUAAACUUGGUUACGUCCCAUCCACACUAUGACAAGGAGGGCAAUACCUACAACAUCGGAACUUCAAUAGCAGAGAAGGGCAAGACAAAAUAUGUGCUGUUCAAAGUCCCUGCUGUUUCACAGAAAGGCAAAGGGAAGGAUGCCCUUGCGCUGAAGAGUGUGGAGAUUAUCUGCACAGUUCCCUGCCGCUCCCUCCUCACACCAAGCUACUACCACAGCUUCGGCCUGACAGACAACUACAUCAUCUUCAUCGAGCAGCCUUUCAAGCUGGACAUCCUCAAGAUGGCCACUGCCUACAUGAGGGGUGUCAACUGGGCGAGCUGCCUCAAGUUCUGCCCUGACGAAAAUACUCUGAUCCACCUGAUAGACAGAAAGACUGGCAAGUCGACUGAGAUGAAGUACUGCACUGGAGCAAUGGUUGUCUACCAUCAUGUGAACGCUUUUGAGGAUGACGGCCAUGUCGUCUUUGAUGUCAUCGCCUACAAUGAUAACAGCCUUUACGAUAUGUUCUAUAUGAGCAAUCUGAAGAAAAACACAGAGUUCACUGAGAGUGGCUACUCCAAACCAAGUUACAGAAGAUUUGUCCUUCCCAUCUCGUCAGACAAGGGUGUUGCAGUUGGAAACAACAUGGUGAAGCUUAAGUACACAACAGCCACUGCUGUGAAGGAGAAAGAAGGCAAACUUGUGUGCCAAGCAGAGGUUCUCUGUGAAGGUUUUGAACUACCCAGACUCAACUAUGACGUCAAUGGCAAGAGGCACCGGUUUGUCUACGGGAACUGUGUGGAGGAAUCUGCACUGGCGAAACAGGUUGCAAAGUUUGACACUGAAACCAAGAAAAUGGUUUACUGGAAUGAAGAAAACUGCUGGCCGUCAGAGGCAGUGUUCGUCCCCAGACCAAAUGGAGAGUCAGAGGAUGAUGGUGUGGUCCUCAUACCAGUAAGUAACUCCAACCCGGGCCAGUCUGGUUUCAUGCUGAUUCUUGAUGGUAGAACCUUCAAGGAAGUCGCUCGAGCAUAUGUGAAUGGCGAGAUCCACAAGGAUGUGCAUGGGCUCUUCAUCCCACAUGAAAAUUAAUCAGUUGUGCAUACGGAAAAAAAUCUCUUUGGAAAACUCCCACAAAAACUGUGCCCAAGUAGUACUUAUAGCACAGGUAUCUAUCUGAACUUUGAAGAAACGCAUUGCUAAAUAGCUCAUUUUAGACAUGUGUGUUGUUUAAUGGAUUACUCGUACCAUAAAAUUAUAGGGAUUGCUUCACAUUGAUUUCAUGCGCAUGAAAAGUAGAGGUCACUGUUUGUUAGUUUAGUAUCACUGUUAUUAUCACUUAUGCUCAUCCUUUUCAUUAAAAAAAAAAAAACUGAACAAG